CCACAGCCGAGCAAAGAAGUAUUCAUCUUACGAAGACGCCGGAAUAACCUUACCAGAUUAAGUCAGAAAUCAUUCAGCUUCUUAGUGACUUGAGAUAUAAUUAAAACAAGAUGUUCGCCAUGGACGAUGAAGUUGCCGCCUUGGUAGUGGACAAUGGUUCCGGCAUGUGUAAAGCUGGAUUUGCUGGCGAUGACGCACCACGUGCCGUCUUCCCCUCCGUCGUUGGAAGACCACGGUAUCAGGUCGCAAUGCAAGGAAUGGGUAAGAAAGACAGUUUUAUUGGAGACGAAGCACAAAGCAAAAGAGGUAUUUUAAACAUCCGAUAUCCUAUUGAACACGGAGUGGUAACAAACUGGGACGAUAUGGAAAAGAUUUGGCACCAUACUUUCUACAAUGAGAUGCGAGUCGCCCCAGAAGAACAUCCAGUACUUUUAACGGAAGCGCCACUGAAUCCGAAACAGAACAGAGAAAAAAUGACACAGAUUAUGUUUGAGACAUUCAACGUACCAGCCAUGUAUGUGAGUAUCCAGGCGGUGUUGUCGUUGUAUGCAUCUGGUCGUACAACUGGUGUUGUACUUGACAGCGGCGAUGGAGUAUCACACAUAGUGCCUAUUUACGAAGGUUACUCAUUGCCACACGCCAUAGAGAGGGUUGACUUGGCAGGACGUGAUCUCACGGAUUGUUUAGUCAGAAUACUUUCAGAAAGGGGAUACUCCUUCACAACCACAGCCGAAAGAGAAAUCGUUCGUGACAUCAAAGAAAAGCUUUGCUACGUCGCUUUGGACUUCGAACAGGAAAUGCAAUGUGCUGCCAAAAGUUCUUCAUUGGAGAAAAGUUACGAACUACCAGACGGUGCAGUCAUCACCAUUGGCAACGAGAGGUUCCGAGCUUCAGAGUGUUUGUUCCAACCAGCAUUAUUAGGAAUGGAAAAUGCUGGAGUUCACGAGACUCUUUACAAUAGUAUCCAGAAAUGUGACAUUGACAUACGUCGAGAUCUCUAUGGCAACACGGUGCUCUCUGGUGGUUCCAGCAUGUUCCCCGGUAUUACCGACAGACUGCAGAAAGAAAUUACGAAUUUGGCGCCAAGUACGAUGAAGAUCAAAAUCAUUGCUCCUCCAGAGAGGAAAUACUCAGUCUGGAUCGGUGGCUCCAUAUUGGCUUCUCUCUCAACCUUCCAACAGAGUUGGGUCAGCAAACAGGAGUACGACGAGUCCGGUCCAAGUAUAAUUCACCGAAAAUGCUUCUAAAUGCGAAUUGUCGGGACAUCGGCACAAGCAGACUGUGUAGUGUUGGUUUCACCGCCAACAUGAUUAUUUGUUUACUCCAGUCUGCACAUAUUACAGUAUAUACGUAAAUCAUGUGUUUGUAGUUUGACCAAUCAAUCGUCACCACCACCG